AUGGGAUGCACCAGUGUGUCCGUGUUACUGCUGCUGCUUCUGGGCCUGACUUGGGCAGAGCCUGCCUCUUUAACCAAGGACUUCAACCUAAGCUUCCCUGAAGCCUUGGAAUUAGCCACCGACAGCUACAACAACCAGACGAAAAAGGAGGAGGAGAAUGCCUUCCGUGUCCUGAAAUCUGAGCCUCAGCCAGACUGGGAUGCUACAUUGUCAAAAUCACAGUCGCUAAGUUUUGUCAUCAAAGAGACUCAGUGCAAGACGCUGGAGAACCUCACUCCUGAGCAGUGUCCAUUCCGGGAAGAAGGGCAAGUGAAGAACUGCGUGGGGCUCAUCACGUCUGAUGAGAGCAGUUUCAGCAUCGUGCUCAACUGUGAAUCCCCAAAGGCUGCCGAGCACCUACGCGUUCGCAGAGGCUUUAAAAGUUUCUUGAAGAAAUUGAAGAAAAAGGUGAAAAAGCUGCUUCCAAGAAAACCCGUCACUAUAUACACGUACUCCAAAAAGUUCUGA